GCGGUCUUCAAAACUGACUGCUUGCUUGCUAACCAGUGUAGCUCCGGCCCUGGACUCUCUUACACCGAAAACGAGAUGGGCCGCAAAAUGUUGGUUUCUUUGGUUUUUGGUUUGUUUUUGUUUCAGCUGAUACUGGCCACGCCGACUGUUUCUAGCAAUCCAACCCAGCUUCCAGCAAAUUUUAUUCCAGCUCCCUCGGAAGGCAGCAGUCUCACCAAACACACGCACAUGUUUCCCUUGCUCAGAGAAAAAAGACAAGUUAGACAAGGUGGCUGCCAAAAUGCCAGCGAAUUUGCCUGCUACUCUGGAGAGUGUGUGGCGCUUAGCUCUAUUUGUGACGGCACCCAGGAUUGCGGAGACUGGAGUGACGAGACUUACGCGCUUUGCAGAACUGCUCAGUGUCCCAAUUACGCGUUUCGAUGCAGCUAUGGCGGCUGCAUAGAAAAAGAGCGCGCAUGUGAUGGAAACAUGGAUUGCUGGGACAAUUCUGAUGAACUUUUGCCCCGGCGCCAGUGUGUGUCAACACCAAAGCCACAAAACCCACUACUCAAACAGCAAUGCGAGAGCAAUAAUUCAGGAUUUGGUUGCUUGGACGGCACUUGCAUUGAAGGGGAAAAAGUGUGCGAUGGAAAUAUUGACUGCCCGGACGGCUCUGACGAAACUGUGACCCAGUGCAGAGCGGUCAGAUGCCCUUCUAACACAUUCCGGUGUCAGUAUGGUGGCUGCAUCAAUAGAGAUCUUCGCUGCAACGGUCAGCAGGACUGUGCCGACAAUUCUGAUGAGGACGAUUUCCUGUGCGGCUGCAGGGUGCCCAAUUUUCCAGAGAAGUCAUUUUACAAUGUGCUUGGCUGCCCUGGAGACAGACUGGGACAGGCAAACCCGAAUGAUCCCAAUCUCUCUGAUAUUUGCAAGGGCUACCCUGGUGUUUCUUUAGCACCUCCCUACACAGGUAUCGGACUUCGCUGUGAACCUCCAUAUGAACUGCCCAACUCAAGGACGAGAGAAAAAGGAUCUGCCGCCGUUUCCUACUGCAUCAACGGUAAAUGGAGACCCAUUCUGCCGCUGUGUCGGGCGCCUCCACCUCGCCCGCAAGUCAACACCCCAAAACCUGUCACCAGACCAGGUCCUGUGUCAUCCAGACCAGUACAGGGCAACCGACCUGUGACUCCUGUGCCUGUGGUUGCACCUGUUACUGCACCAGCACCUGUUGUUGCAGCUGGCCCCAAGAAAUGUCCUGCUUUAAUUUUGGAAACUGUGGAGCCAGAGUGCUUCCUGCAAGGUCGCAGAGUCACCUGCCUUGACCCUGUUGCCAUUGGCACUGAAGCAAGGCUCAGUUGCAAGGCAUUCCAUUCUGCUGAGCCUGAUUUCACCAAAAUCACCUGCAAAGACACUGGAUCCUGGAAUAGGGAGCCAUUUAAAUGCAAACCAGAAUGUGGAGAGCGCGUGCCAAAGGGACAGCUCUUUGUUGUGCAAGGUCGGGAGGCUGAAGUCGGGCAGUUCCCCUGGCACGCUGGAGUUUAUUACAUCAAGGAUUUGAAGUCCCCGGAUCCUCCGAAAUUCUGGUGCGGAGGUUCACUCGUUAAUCGAAACCUUAUCAUAUCAGCGGCUCACUGUUUCUGGGACGAGGCGCUUGGAAAACCUCGCGCCGCCGAUAACUUCAAAAUUGGUCUUGGGAAAUUCUUCCGAGACUGGACUGCCAAAACUGAUUACACUCAGCUAAGAGACAUUCGGCGCAUUGACGUGCACCCUGACUACCGAGGCUUCUCCAGGUCGUAUGUGGCUGACAUUGCAGUUGUUUGGAUCAAGGAACAAGCAAUUUUCACGCCAUUCGUGCGGCCGGUGUGUGUCGACUGGCAAAAUACGUUUGAAAGGGAGCAACUGGUUCAAGGAAAUGUUGGGCAGGUUGCUGGUUGGGGCAAGGACGGCAAUGGCAGCCUCACCAAUACCCUGCAGUUCUUAGAAGUUCCCUAUGUCGAGUACUCUCAGUGCGAGAAAAUUGUGCCGCCUGAGUUCAAACCUCUCAUCACAACUGACAAAAUAUGCGCUGGGUACACCAAUGGAUCAAGCGUGUGCAAUGGAGACAGUGGCGGCGGUCUCACGUUUGAAAAGAACGGACGUUGGUUUGUGCGCGCCAUCGUGAGCGUGGGUCCUGUGAAGCAAGGCGCUGGCACUUGCAACCCCAAUCAGGUCACCGCGUACACUAGGCUCUCAGUGUACCGAGACUGGAUUGAGGACAUGCGUGAUAGCGAUUCGACAUAAUAUGUUGAGUGCUACUUUUCUUAAUAAAAUACUCACUUGUUUUACUCAAUAAAUUUUUUAAUAAAAUUAA